UUUCCCUCCAAAGGAACACAUCACCCUCCACGGGGUUCCGGAACUCGUAGAAACAUCCAAAACGGAAACGAGACUCAGACCAGGUGACCACCGCCAGGACCACCCAGGCAGGAUAAGAAUUAACACCACGCGGAACGUGCGAUCCACCACGCCUGCAACUACCUGCCGGACUUGCUUUCCUUCUCCUCUCGAGACCCGUCUCUUUCUAAUUCCCGUCUUUGCUUAUUAAAAUUCUUCAUCAAUUAGUCCCAUAAGGCUUCUUAGAGAGAGAAAGAGAGAAGAACGGAAGAAAGAGAGGGAUCGCGAGAUAUCGAAUAGAGUGGAGAAGGGGAUUGGAAGGGAUGGAGGUCCGGAACGUGGACAACGCCUCCGCCGCGCCGCCCUCGCCGGCCCCGUCUUCGAAGCAGCCCAAGCCGCCGCCCAAUCCCGUCGACACCACUUCGGUGUCCCGGAGGCUCCAGAAGGAAUUGAUGUCCCUCAUGAUGAGUGGAGAUGUCGGAGUAUCAGCCUUUCCUGAAGCCGAAAACAUCUUCUCUUGGAUUGGUACUAUUGAAGGAAGUAAAGGAACUCCAUAUGAAGGUUUAUCUUUCAAGCUUUCGCUGCGCUUUCCAUAUGACUACCCUUUUAAGCCUCCCCAGGUUAAGUUUGAGACCCCAUGCUUCCAUCCAAACAUCGACCAUUGUGGCAACAUUUGUUUAGACAUCUUGCAGGAUAUGUGGUCUUCAGCAUAUGAUUGUAGAACAAUCUUGCUGUCCAUUCAGAGUUUGUUAGGAGGUCAGUUGGCUCUUUCUAUGCCAUGUUAUGGAUUGCUAGUUUUGCGCAACCAGUUGCAACUCCAGUUAAUUUUGAGUUAUUUGAUGCAGAACCCAAUAAUGAAAGUCCUCUCAAUAGCUAUGCUGCAACACUGUGGAGCAACCAAGAAGAUUAUAGGAAAAUGGUUCACAAGCAUUACGUGGAUGCUGCUGAAGUAUUAGAAAGUUGAAUUGCAUACUCUCUUCAAACACGUUGCGAUCACUGCAUUAAUUGAGGCAUUGUGUUUCUAUAAAAUUUAACCUUCUGAUGGGGAGCCCUGUAUACGUGGUUUAUCUCUGCAAAGUUUAGAUGCCUCGUUUGCUUUAUAAGCAAGCAGGGAAACUGGACAUCCAUCUCGCCGUAUUGAGUAAAAUAAUGUACGGCUCAGAAAAAGCAAGAUGACGGGAUUGGUGAUUUAGUUGCAUUGCAGCAUUUAUGAUAGAACGAACUUGUCACGAAGCUAUCAUUGUACCAUUUGUUAGUCUCCCAUUGUGCAUCUUUGUAUAAAUAUAGAAGAUUGCUUUGUUACCAUUUCAAGUAAUUAGCAAAAUGAUAUAUAUUGCAGCCAUGAGUUACAAAUUUCAA